AGCGGCCGAGCCGCCGGCGGACAGUGGGUUAAGCAUCUCCGCUGUGGAACUUCCGGAUGUGACCACAGAGAGAGGGAGAGACCGGGAGAGGGGGAGAGGGGGAGAGAGGGAGAGACGGAGCCGCCAGCAUCCCUCCGGCCCGCCAACGCCGGGACCCCGCACCGCGCGGGGAGCCGCCGCCCGCCGCCCGCCCCCCGGGCCGGGCCCCCUCGCGCCCCCCUCUCCCCCGCCUCUCGGUCUGUGGAUCUCGGGCUGGUUCCAUCCUCCCAGGACCCGGGGGAGGGACUGGGGGCCCCGGGGAGGGGGCCUCGGGCGGCCCUCCCCCGCCUUCUCGCCCCUGCCCUCGCUGGCAGGAGCCCCUAGCUGUGACCCCCGCGGGGGCAGGAGGCUGGGGGUCCAUGCUCGGAGCCUCCGCUCGGCCCGGCGCCUGCCGCUGACGGCGGUGGGGGUGGGGGGGCCGGGCACCCAGCCUCCUGCCCCACCCCCUGGCGUCGGCACCGCGGGCCAUCUGGGGCCGCUGCCCCUGGCUGCGCCCUCCCCGCCGGCCAGGCCCUGGAGGGACCCGGGAGCUGCCGCCGGCAUCAGCCCAUGGCCCGGAGGUCUCUCUCUUCUCUCACAUCUCUCUCCCUCUCUCUGAAUCUCUCUCCCCCCAACUCUCUGUGAGAAGCUGGCAGUUACCAGCCAGCCAAUCCCUGACCCCCCAACCCUGACCCUCAGAUCCAAGACCUGGGUCAGUCUCUCUCCCCUGGACCCUCCUGCCCACACACUGGGAAUCUCUGACGGGACAUUUUUCACAGUCCACGGGUCCAAGGGAAGGCUUGAGGACAGGGCCUUCAGUCCCACCCAGACAGCUCCAUGGGACAUCGGGGGCCUAAGGGAGCAAGGCUGGGACACUUGGGGACAGUAGGGCAGUACGAUGAGCUGCCCCACUACCCCGGCAUCGUGGACAGCACUGCAGCCCUGGCUGGCUUCUCGGAGGCAGUGCCCUCGGCACCAAGAGCCCCCCGGCCCUACGGCCCCCACCGGCCUCCCCAGCCCCCGCCCCUGGGCUUGGAUAGUGAUGGCCUGAGGAGGGAGAAGGAUGAGAUCUACGGACACCCACUCUUCCCGCUGCUGGCCCUGGUCUUUGAGAAAUGUGAAUUGGCCACGUGUUCUCCCCGUGAUGGGGCUGGGACUGGGCUGGGCACACCCCCAGGCAGUGACGUAUGCUCCUCCGAUUCCUUCAACGAGGAUAUUGCAGCCUUUGCCAAGCAGGUCCGCUCCGAGAGGCCUCUCUUCUCCUCCAACCCGGAGCUGGACAAUCUGAUGAUACAGGCCAUUCAAGUGCUCCGCUUCCACCUGCUGGAGCUGGAGAAGCCCUGGCCCCCGGGUGGCCCCCCCAGUACCCCGGUGCCCCCUCAGGUCCACGACCUGUGCGACAACUUCUGUCACCGCUACAUCACCUGCCUCAAGGGAAAGAUGCCCAUCGACCUGGUCAUCGAGGAUCGGGACGGCGGCUGCAGGGAGGAUCUCGACGACUACCCGGCCUCCUGCCCGAGCCUCCCAGAUCAGAAUACUACAUGGAUUAGAGACCAUGAAGACAGUGGGUCUGUACAUUUGGGGACCCCGGGUCCAUCCAGCGGGGGCCUGGCCUCCCAGAGUGGUGACAACUCCAGUGACCAAGGAGAUGGGCUAGACACAAACGUGGCCUCUCCCAGUUCUGGGGGAGAGGACGAGGAGCUGGACCAGGAGCCGCGGCAGAACAAGAAGAGAGGCAUCUUCCCCAAGGUGGCCACCAACAUCAUGAGAGCCUGGUUGUUCCAGCACCUCUCGCACCCGUACCCCUCAGAAGAGCAGAAGAAGCAGCUGUCGCAGGACACGGGGCUCACCAUCCUGCAAGUCAACAACUGGUUCAUUAACGCCCGGAGACGCAUCGUGCAACCAAUGAUCGAUCAAUCCAACCGCACAGCAGGGCAGGGUGCAGCCUUCAGCCCAGAGGGCCAGCCCAUGGGGGGCUACACGGAGACUCAGCCACAAGUGACUGUCAGGCCCCCAGGAUCAAUGGGGAUGAGUUUGAACUUAGAAGGAGAGUGGCAUUAUUUAUAGAGGCUGGAGUCAGGAGAAAUACCCCCACCUCUGGACUGUGGCUGCCAGGCUCAUACCUGCUUCUGGUCGACACCUGGCCCUCUGGCUUCAGGACCCCACCUCCUACGGCCCCCCCCAACUCAAUGCCUACCUCCCUGGGGCCCUGCCGGGACACGAGGGGCCUGAGCGCCCACUCAAGGGUCUCUCAAGGACAAAGACAAGGCCUCCAGGCCCUGUGCCCCACUUCUGCCCUCACCUCUGCCUGGAACCCGAGCUGAGAUCCUGGGCCUGGGUGUUCAGAAGAUGGCGGCUGGGUACCCCCACCACCACCCCUAGGACAGAGAAGGGAUUGGGGGUGGGCUGGGGCCAUCAGGGAAGGAGGGUCACCCAGAUCCGACAUUUAGAAAGGUUCCCUUCAUCCUCCCAGCCCACCUUCUUUCCCCCUCCCCCACCUCCCUCUUGUGUUGUCUUCUACCUUUUUUUUUCAAGCAUAAAGUCUUAAAAACA